AUGGGCUGGUUUUCCUGGUUUUGGGACAUGAUGUCCUACCUUGGAUUCAGCAACAAAACAGGAAAGAUUUUAUUUCUUGGACUUGACAAUGCUGGAAAGACAACACUACUUGGAAAACUUGCCACUGAUCAAGUCCAUGUCCACAGGCCCACAUUUCACCCGAACGUGGAGGAGCUCACACUGGGUGGUAUCAAACUAAAGACAAUCGAUAUGGGGGGGCACUUGGAAGCUCGUCGUCUUUGGAAAGAUUACUUUACGAAGGUUGAUGGCGUUGUUUUUAUUGUGGAUGCGGCCAACCCUGAACGGUUCCAAGAGGCAAAACAAGAACUGGAUAUGCUGUUACAAACAGAGGAGCUUGCAAGAACACCCUUCAUAAUCCUUGGGAAUAAGAUUGAUAUGCCACGUGCUGUGUCGGAGGAGCAUCUCAUUGCCGCUAUGGGUCUUACAGGGCUAUCCACCGGUAAGCAAAAUAAGGUAACAGAUCCUGCUGUUCGCCCUCUUGAAGUAUUUAUGUGCAGCGUUGUUAAGAAGAUUGGCUACGGUGACGGCUUCCGCUGGCUUUCGCAAUACUUGCAAAAUUCAUAG